UUAUUUCAAAUUCGUUGCCAACCCCUGGCCAAAAACCCCAGUUUUGUAACCAAGCCUCCACACACAGCUGAUUUUGCCACUUGUCAAACCAUUUAACAAAUUUCCAGUGUCUGUUUACUGAAAACCGUGUGUUCAAGGAGGUAAGCCCCCCAGAAACCGGCUGUGAUUUGGGGACAAUGUCGCACUAUAGUGAUGCCGAAGACUCCAUUGACAUAGCCGCCGAUAUGGGGGUGCGUAAGCGGAGGAUCUGGGACCCUGAGACCGAAUCGAUCACUUCGGAAAUCAAGGAACUGCUAGACGAUGAUGUUAAUUCGCUGGUUGAGGAGGAUUGUGUGGGGUGCCCCCUGCCCUCCACCCCCGAAGACGAAAAUAUGCUCGAUUCGGAGAUGAGCGAUGUCUUGAAAGCCGCCGUUUUAGGUACAGGUGACGAGCUCGACAUCACCACGUUGGCCCACAAUGCCGCCAGCCAGGCGGAGCACGUGGUGCGUAAAAUGAUACAAGCUGGUUGGUCCGUUUGUCACUUCCGUAACCUUCCCGCUUGGCUUCAAGACAACGAUUUCUUGAUUUUUGGCCAUCGUCCGCCGCUUCCUAGUUUUCGCGCUUGUUUUAAAAGCAUUUUUCGCAUCCACACCGAAACCGCUAAUAUUUGGACACAUCUUCUCGGAUGCGUUGCGUUUAUAGCUAUUGCUAUCUUUUUCCUGAUGCGUCCCUCGAUGGAAAUUGAGCUUCAGGAGAAGAUUGUUUUUGGGGCAUUUUUUGCCGGGGCUAUAAUUUGCCUGGGGAUGUCUUUCAUGUUCCAUACAGUCAACUGUCAUUCGCAAUUUAUCGGUAAACUAUUUUCGAAAUUGGAUUAUUGCGGGAUUGCCAUGUUGAUAAUGGGCUCGUUUGUGCCAUGGGUUUAUUAUGGGUUCUACUGCCAUUUCCGACCAAAGGUUGUCUACCUAUCGGUGGUGUGUGCGCUAGGGAUUACCAGCAUCAUGGUUAGUUUAUGGGACAAGUUCUCGGAGUCUGGUUGGAGGCCGUUCAGAGCUGCUGUUUUCAUGACGUUUGGACUCAGUGGGAUCGUACCAGCGAUCCAUUAUGGGAUUGUGGAAGGAUGGUUCAAUAAAGUGAGUCAGAAGUCGCUCGGAUGGCUGAUUCUGAUGGGGCUGUUGUACAUCAUGGGGGCCAUGUUGUAUGCACUGCGAGUGCCAGAGCGGUGGUUCCCCGGGAAGUUCGAUAUCUGGCUGCACUCGCACCAAAUUUUCCAUGUUUUUGUGCUAGGGGGCGCCUUCGUGCAUUACCAUGGAAUAUCAGAGAUGGCCAUGUAUCGGGUGACCAUCGGCCAGUGCGAAAUGCCCGAUAUUCCCAUCUAUUAACCAAAGAUCUUGAUUUUUUUAAAUAAAAUUUUGCAAAUCGAAUGAUUUGUGCUUUAUGUUAUGUCAUUGGUUGUUUAUUGUUACGUGUAAGAUAUAUAGCACAAGUCAAGGACGAGUGCGUUUUUAGUUCACACCUAGCGGUAACCAAGCUUUGGAUAAGGUUUAGUAUAAAAAUGAGAAAAAAAUAUAUUUUGCUAUUAUCACCGACAUUUUUGAGAAAGGUAUAUCCUCUUGUAAGUGUACUAUUAUAUAUCAAUCUUGUAUAAAAAAUGAUACGGAGUUUAGGUAUAUUUUUAGGUGUCUUAUCUGUACUUAUCUGGGUCUUGCAUUUUUUUCACAGUAAAAUUACGCUGUAGUUUAGUUACAAUUUUGUGAUAAUUUCAGUAGAACCUCUCUAUUUAUUGUUACACCUCAAUUUUGUUGUAGGUAUUGUUUUUAAAUAAAUUGUAAUGUCAGAUGGAAUAUAUCAUGUGACCAAA